AUGAGUUAUUCAUUUGGGACAAACAAGCUUACAUUUGGAAAUAACAAAAAAAGUUCGUGGAAAGCUAAGAAUACAUCAAACGGAUUACCUUUGUAUUAUAAAGACAAGCCAGCUAAUACGACGAAUCAGAAGAAAGUGAUGCUUUUCAAAGGAUUCAUAGCGUCUUUAGUAUUUUACGCUAUCUAUUACUAUGCUUCCUCAGGAGGGUUUGACUUUGAAUUAGGUGGAAGCGAUAAAAGUUGGGCAGACAAGCAACAGGAAGUGAAAGAUGUGUUCUUAGAAAGUUGGAGUUCAUACGAGAAGCAUGCAUGGGGUAAGGAUGUAUAUCACCCAAUAAAAGAAACCGGAAGCAAUAUGGGUCCUAAGCCAUUGGGAUGGAUGAUUGUUGAUUCGUUAGAUACAUUGAUGAUUAUGGAUUGUCCUGAACAAUUGGCGCGUGCAAGGAAGUUUGUUAAGGAUGAUCUUGACUACCAUUUUGAUUAUAAUGUUAAUGUAUUUGAAACUACAAUUCGAAUGCUUGGAGGAUUGCUUUCAGCCCAUCACAUUUCAGAAGAUGAUAUGUAUUUGGACAAGGCUACGGACUUGGCCAAUGGGUUGAUUGGUGGUUUCGACAGUAAUACGGGGGUGCCUUAUUCGUCUGUAAACUUGAUGACAGGAAAAGGUAUUAAGAAUCAUGUUGAUAAUGGUGCAUCAUCUACAGCAGAAGUGGCAACAUUGCAAUUGGAAUUCAAGUAUUUAUCUAAAUUAACGGGUGAGACAUUAUUCUGGGAAAAGGUUGAAAAAGUGAUGAAAGUUCUCGAUGAGAACAAACCUCAGGAUGGAUUGGUUCCUAUUUAUGUUCAACCAGAUACUGGAAAAUACCAAGGUAAUAUGAUAAGAUUGGGUUCGAGAGGUGAUUCAUACUACGAAUACUUAUUGAAGCAGUACUUACAGACAAAUAACCAAGAAGCGAUCUAUUGGGACAUGUACCGUGAAUCUGUUGAUGGGGUUAAGAAGCAUAUGGUAAGAAAAUCAUCGCCUAAUGGGUUGACAUAUAUCGGGGAAUUAGAACAUGGAAUUGGAGGUGGAUUAUCACCAAAAAUGGAUCAUUUGGUGUGUUUCUAUGGUGGAUUGUUAGCUGUAGGAGCCACCAACGGGCUUCCAUACAAGGAGGCUAAGAAAUUACCAAACUGGGACGCCGAUAGAGAAUCAGAUUUCAAAUUAGGUGAAGAAUUAACCUACUCAUGUUACAAGAUGUACCACGACGUACCAACGGGCUUAUCGCCAGAAAUUGUUGUAUUCAACGAAGAACCAGAGGCUCAGAGCGAUUUCUAUAUUAAGCCACUCGAUAGACAUAAUUUACAGCGUCCCGAAACAGUAGAAUCUUUGUUCUACUUAUAUAGACUCACAGGUGACGUCAAGUACCGUGAAUACGGAUAUGAGAUCUUCCAGAAUUUCCUCAAACAUACAAAGGUAACCAACGGAAAGGGUGAAGUGUCUUAUACUUCUUUGGACGAUGUUACCCAAAUACCCCCACCAAAGAGAGACAAUAUGGAAUCAUUUUGGUUCGCUGAGACCUUGAAAUACUUGUACUUAUUAUUCGACGACACCAACAAGUUCCCAUUGGACGAGUAUGUUUUCAAUACUGAGGCCCAUCCAUUCCCAAGGUUCGAUUUGGGCCCUUUACACAAGACUGACUGGUCCAGAAACAAGCCUUAUCUCACGUCUCCACAAGCCAACUUCAAAGUCCCUGCUAAAAACAAAGAUGACGCACCUAAAAAUGACCAUAAAAACCCUCCUGAAGCUGCUCCGGCCGAUAAACCUGCCAUUGAGGAAGCCAUGGAAGAGGCUCAAAAGAACCCGGAAAUCUUAAAAGAUGCAAAGGCAGAGAAGAAGGAAAAACUAAACAAAUUACUACAAAAUCUUGAUUAG